UGCCAAGACACAAAGGGGUCUCCUGAGCUGCAGUGGCACUAAGACCCGAUAUUGUCCCUCUCAUACUUCCCACACUGCUCAGGAGGGGGCAGAGAUGGUGGAGGCCUUCUGUGCUACCUGGAAGCUGACAGAUAGUCAGAACUUUGAUGAGUACAUGAAAGCUCUGGGUGUGGGCUUUGCCACCAGGCAGGUGGGGAAUGUAACCAAGCCAACGGUGAUCAUCACUCAGGAAGGAGGCAAAGUAGUGAUCCGAACUCAAUGCACAUUCAAGAACACAGAGAUCAGCUUCCAGCUGGGAGAAGAGUUUGAUGAAACCAGUAUAGAUGACCGAAGCUGUAAGUCUGUUGUUAGGCUGGAUGGAAACAAACUUGUUCAUGUACAGAAAUGGGAUGGCAAAGAAACAAAGUUCAUAAGAGAAAUUAAGGAUGGCAAAAUGGUUGUGACUCUUACCUUUGGUGAUGUUGUUGCUGUUCGCUGUUAUGAAAAGGCAUGAACAAGCUGGUGUUCUUUGAGUUUCUGUUUCCUGGAGUCUCAGACCAGCCUGCUGCAGAGCACAUCCAGUCAUCACUAAUUAGAAGGUUACUUGGUAUGGAGCAGAAAAUGGUGACUUAAAAACUUCUUAUUCAAAGCAUCUUCCCCUGUUUUGAUAUGUGCAACUCAUCCUGUUUUGUUCUGCAAAUUUAUGUUUUAUUGUAAUUUCCAUUACAAUUUUAUAAUAACUUUUUUAUGAAGAAGUAAAUAUAUCUAUUGGAUUUGGAAUGCAAAUGAAAUUGAAAUAAAAACUUACCCUCUGCUUUAAA